AUGGCGACCUUUUCCGGAACCAGGGCCCACAAUGCCACUGGAGGGAACCUCCUCGCUCCUUUAGCUGUUGUUGGGAUGUCGCUAAAAUUCCCAGAAAAUGCGACAUCCCCGGAAGCAUUCUGGGAAAUGCUGGUUGAAGGCCGAUGUGUCUCUACGGAGUUUCCCAGCACUAGAAUGAAUAUCGACGCCCAUCACGACGCUGAACGAAGCCGACUUCACAGCGUCACAUGCCGAGGAGCACACUUCAUGAAGGAGGACCUUGGUCUUUUCGACGCCCCCUUUUUUGGAAUCACCGAUUCUGAUGCGAAGGCUAUGGAUCCUCAACAGCGCCUUGCGUUAGAGACAGUUUACCGUGCGCUGGAGAAUGCCGGGCUUCCGAUUGAGCAAGUUGCAGGCUCGAAGACCAGCGUCUUUGCAGGCUCCUUCUGCAGCGAUUACCAUAUGCUGCAGAUUAAGGACCCACUCAAUGUGCCUAAGAAUGCUACUGCAGGAACUGGUCGGAAUAUGAUUGCGAAUCGCAUCAGUUGGUUUUACGACUUCUUAGGUCCUAGCGCGACUGUUGAUACCGCCUGCUCAAGCAGUCUGAUGGCGGUGGAUCUCACCUGUCAAUCUAUAUGGGGCGGAGAUGCUGCAAUGGGCGUGGCCAUUGGCUGUAAUAUAAUCCUGGCUCCAGAGAUGACCAUUGGUCUGGACAACCUUGGUCUGUUAUCGAGAGAUAGCCACUCUUAUAGCUUCGAUAAGAGAGCCAAUGGAUAUGCCAGAGGAGAAGGUAUCGGUGCUGUGGUCAUCAAGCGGCUUGAUGACGCUAUAGCCAAUGGUGAUACAAUAAGGGCUGUCAUUCGAUCGUCCAGCUCGAACCAGGAUGGAAAGACGCCUGGAAUCUUGCAGCCGAGCAAGGACGCGCAGGCUCGUUUGAUCCGGGAUACCUAUCAGAAGGCUGGUCUGGACAUGGGGGUCACUAGAUAUUUUGAAGCACAUGGAACAGGAACACCCAUCGGAGACCCCAUUGAGGCUCGAGCUAUUGGCAUGGCAUUUCGCUCGUAUCGAUCAGAGGAAACGCCCCUAUAUGUUGGUUCUGUCAAAUCCAAUAUCGGUCAUUUGGAAGGGGCAAGCGGAGUAGCUGGCUUUAUCAAGGCGGUUCUUGUGUUAGAGAAGGGAGUUAUUCCACCAAAUAGCAGCAAUCUGCAGAACACAAACCCUCAGAUUGAUGAAGAUUAUUUGAGGUUAAAUAUAGUAAAAAGCGCCAUUGUCUGGCCUACUACUGGACUACGACGCGCAUCCGUGAGUUCAUUCGGAUUUGGUGGGGCCAAUAGCCAUAUUGUGCUUGACGAUGCUUACAAUUCCCUUCGACUGAGUGGCUUCGAGCAUGUUGGACACCAUACUGUGAUAGUGCCAUCACUGAGACAGAUCAAUGGCGUGCCACAGCUAAAUGAUCACCACAGUGCCCAUGGUGUAGACAAGUUCAACGACCCCACAAUUGCCUGCAAAACAGUUCCGAGGCUGCUAGUCUGGUCAGCCGCAGACCAAGCAGGCAUAAAACGUCUUGCAGAAAGCUGGAACACGUAUCUAUCCGAUUUGUCGGUUGAAGAGACAGAAGAAUACUUGAGAGAUUUAGCGCAUACCUUAUGUGGCAGGCGAAGUCACUGGGCCUGGAGGUCGUUCGUCGUCGCUAAACCAGGGGUACUUCUACAAGAUCUGACCAACCAGUUUUCCCCGGCUAUCCAAAGCGUCCAUUCGCCACACCUUGCAUUCGUCUUCACUGGCCAAGGCGCCCAAUGGCACGCAAUGGGCCGUGAGCUUAUAGGUCAUUAUGAAGUUUUCACAAGAAGCAUUACCGAAUUAGGCGCGUAUCUCAAAGAGCUUGGAUGUACUUGGGACAUUCUGGAGGAACUACAGAAACCAGGGCUGGAUUCGAAUGUGAAUGACCCAUCUUAUGGUCAGCCACUAUGCACGGCCUUGCAAAUCGCACUGGUAGAUCUUCUUGAAAGCUGGGGUAUUUCACCUGCUGCAGUGGUUGGCCAUUCCUCUGGUGAAAUUGCCGCGGCAUACUCUUGCGGGGCGUUAACGAAAUGGUCUGCACUAAAGAUUGCAUACUUCAGAGGUUCUCUGGCAGGAGCCGUAGGAAGAUCUAGCAGCAUGAAAGGAGCUAUGCUUGCUGUAGGUCUGUCUAGGGAAAAUGCCCAGAAAUACCUUGACAAACUUGAGCCCCAGUUCGAGAGGCUGGAAGUUGUUGUCGCUUGCGUGAAUAGUCCUCAGAGUGUCACAAUAUCCGGGAAACUGGAGCAGAUCAACGCACUGCAUGACCUACUAAAUGGGGACAGCGUGUUUUCCCGAAAGCUGGCAGUUAAUGUUGCUUACCACUCUUUCCAGAUGCGUGAGAUAGCUGACCGAUAUUCCACCGCUCUCGGGGAUUUGGAGGCACCAUGCAAAAGAAAGAAAAGGGGACCAUUGAUGGUGUCCUCCGUCACUGGUACAUUGAUUUCCAGUGAGCGGCUAGUGGAGCCGGAGUAUUGGGUCAACAACAUGGUCUCGCCAGUGUUGUUCAACGAUGCAGUAAGCUAUCUAUGCUCCCAAUCUGGCAAGAAGUACAAGAAAAUCGAUGGAAGUCACCGCCAUGCUGUCAAGAUUGAUCAUCUCCUAGAAAUUGGCCCACAUUGUGCACUGCAGGGGCCGUGUCGAGAUAUUGUUAGUGUAUUGAGAAAGAGCGACAAAGUAUCAUACGUUCCCUUCUUGGUACGCAACCGUUCCGCUGUGGAAUGCGUCAUGGAAGCUGCAGGUCGCCUCCACUGCAGUGGAUAUCCAAUUAGAUUGACAUCGGUCAACGGAGAUGGCGAUGCGAAGGCUGGACGAAGACCGCGUGUGCUAGUUGAUCUGCCUGAAUAUCCUUUUAAUCACUCUACAUCUUACUGGCAUGAAAGCCGAUUGAGCGAGGGAUACAGAUUCCGUCGAUAUGGCUACCUAGAGCUUCUCGGUGCCCCGGAGCCUAAUGGAAAUACAAUGGAGGCCACCUGGAGGAACAUAAUCCGCGUCUCGGAUAUCCCCUGGGUGCAAGAUCAUAAGAUCAACAACACUAUUCUAUAUCCAGGUGCCGGUAUGCUCGUCAUGGCAAUCGAAGCCAUCAAGCAAUUGGCUGAUCCGGACCGACUCCUUACUGGAUUCAAUAUACUGGAUGCUGUAUUCUCUACUGCUCUUCAGAUUCCUACGCACGCGGAAGGAAUAGAAGUCAAUGUUCAUCUGAAACGCACGAAGGAGGGGAGGUCUGACGCCACCGGAUGGUUUGAAUGGCGCAUAUAUGCAUACGACAGUGGCAACUGGGUGGAAAACAGCACAGGGUCCAUCCAAGCUCUAUAUGAGAGCCGCAACACAGGCUUUGAUGCUAACGUUAGAGAAGAAAGGGAAUGGGAAAUUCACCUUCUUGAGACCUACAACAGUGCGGUACGCUCAUGUACUUCGACUGUUGAUGCAAAGUCUUUCUAUAAGCAUCUCAACAGCUGUGGAUAUCAGUACGGACCUGCAUUUGCCGCGAUUCAAAAUCUCAGUUACAGUGAGCCGGACUGCAAAGCGCUCGUCACAGACAUCCGGACAUUCCACCCCACCGGCGUUUACCCGAGUCAUACUAUACAUCCUACAACACUGGACGCCAUCAUUCAGAUGGCAGCUGGGCUGGUAUCAACCACGGGCCAGAGUGCGACCAAUGUGGCUGUACCUGUGCGGAUUGACCGGCUCUGGUUGACCAACUCAGGUGGUCUCAGUCAUCCGUUCGCAGAUGCUGUCAGGGCUUGUGCUACCGUCAGUCAAUCUGUGGUAGGAUAUAAAAGUUACUCAAUGACAGCAGUAGACGGGGAAGUCUCUAAAGCACUACUGAAUCUUGAAGGCUUAAAGCUGACGGCUGUUGCCGGCGGAGGGACGACCCCUGUCUCGGACCAAUUCAAGACGGACAACCUAUGCCACUACAUAGCACAUAAACCUGACAUUGACCUCUUGACAAGUGAAGAGGCCCAGAGCCUUUAUGGGGUCCACGAAUCACAAGUCAUAGAGCCACUGGAGUACUACACUGAGCUUGACUUUCUUGCAGCAACUUGUGUGAGCAGGUAUGCAGCUUCGUUCCGCGAAGAGGAAAGAGACAACAUGCCACCUCACUUGAACAAAUACAUCGACUGGGCCCUCGAAGUCAAAAGAACACUCGAUCAGGGUUUAUCCGAAUUCAGCUCCAAGAGAUGGUUAGAUCGCAUGCAUGACGAUGACUAUAUCAGCAAGCUACAUAAACGAGUUGAGAAUGGCAGUAAAAGGGGUCAGUUAACGAGUACCUUAUGCCGAAAUCUGGCUGAUUUCGUGAACGAUCCGCUUUCCCAUCUGUUCGGCAACAAUCUGCUCGCGGAUGUGUAUCGUGAAAUGCUUUGCGCCGACUCAAUAAAAUCACGUCUGGAUAGGGUCAUCGGCGCACUGGGACACAAAAACCCACGGAUGAAAAUCCUAGAAGUGGGAGCUGGCACAGGAGCCAUGACUGACUUCUGCAUCAAAGCAUUGAGCAUGGACUCUCCAGCGGACCCAAAUCUGCGUCGUUACGGUCAGUGGGACUUUACUGAUAUUUCGAGCUCCUUUUUCCCGGGGGCACAGGAAAUGUUUGCGGCAGAAGGCCAGCGUAUGCGAUUCAAGGUUCUUGAUAUUGAAAAUGAUCCUGAAAUGCAGGGUUUUGAGUGUGGCACUUAUGAUAUGGUCGUAGCAUUCAUGGUAAUACAUGCCACGAAGGACUUGCUUGUUAGCUUGAGUAAUGUGCGGAAACUAUUGAAGAAGGGUGGGAGGCUUCUACUGUUCGAAAUCACUCACCUUCACCCGCUCAGGAUCAAUCUUAUCUUUGGUUUGCUUGAUGGAUGGUGGAGAAGUACGGAAACAUACCGCCAGACGGGCCCCUGCAUCAGUUCCGAGAAGUGGGGAGAGCUCCUAAAGGAGACGGGCUUCUCAGGGUGCGAUGUCGUAAUCGAUGAUUACGAGGCCGAUAUUUGCCGUGAAGGAAGCAUGAUUGUGUCAACAGCCGUAGCUCCAGCCCCUACCGAUAUCACGGCAGUGAGCAUCAUCAUCAAUCCGGAAGACCAGAUACAGGCUGAUCUGGCUGCAGCGAUAUCUGAUCGGCUCCAGCAGCUUGGUAUUUCAAGGAUCACCGUGACAUCCAUGGCUGUCAUCGCACAGCGAAAGCUAUCAGCGAACUUGUUAGACAUCAGCCUUCUGGAAGCGACAACCCCUUUCAUAUGCGACAUGGAUAGCUCGGAGUAUGAAAGCUUGCAGGCGCUGGUAGCUUCCACCAAGAGCCUCAUCUGGGUUGAUGAGGGCGGAGGGCGGCAGCCUUAUCCCAAAUACCGACUAGUCGACGGGCUGUUUAGGGCUCUUAGUGGGGAGAUGUACCGGGCUCGACUGGCGAACCUGAGUCUGGAGCGUCACUCCUCAAGGGACCACAAAGCAGCGCAGAUUUGCAAGCUAGUCUUCUCUGUCAUUGGCGAUGUUGAAAGGGGUGCAGACACGGAAUACACGGAAAUAGAUGGAGUGCUUCACGUCAGUCGCCUUGUAGAUGCUAGGUCACUGUCUCAAGAGGUAGUCAGAAAGGCUCUUCCACAGCACGAGGAGCUGCUACCGUAUGGUUCAGGACCAUCGUUGAGACUCAAAAUAGGAUCACCUGGUCUCCUGAACACGCUGCAUUUCAUCGAGGACAGGUCCCUGGAAAACCCACUUGGUCCAAAAGACAUACGAAUCAAGGUCAAAGCCGCUGGUUUGAAUUUCCGCGACGUGCUUGUUGCACUGGGAAGGUUGGAGAGUGAUACCCUCGGGGCAGAAUUUGCUGGUGAAGUUGUCCAGGUUGGAGAUCAAUGCCAGAAGUUCCGGCCCGGCGAUAGAGUUGUUGCUUUCCACGCCUGCCGCUAUGCUAAUUAUGUUACUUUACGAGAGGACAUGCCCAUCGUCGGGAUCAGGGACGAGAAGAUGCCGUUCACGACGGCUGCUGCUAUCCCUGUAGCUUAUGCAACGGCGUGGAUAAGUCUUACCAAGAUAGCAGCGCUUCAAGCAGGAGAAUCCAUACUGAUUCACUCUGGGGCAGGCGGUACAGGACAGGCUGCUAUACUGGUUGCCCAAUACCUAGGAGCGACGGUCUUCACAACAGUUUCAACUGAAGAGAAGCGGCAGCUUCUGAUGGACCGGUAUAACAUCCCAACGGAGCAUAUUUUCUCUAGCCGGAACACACUAUUCGCGAAGGGUAUCCGUCGGUUGACUGCCGACAGAGGUGUGGAUGUUGUUUUGAAUUCGCUGUCAGGUGAUGGGCUUAUUGCCUCGUGGGAAUGCGUUGCACCGUACGGUCGGUUUGUGGAGAUUGGCAAGAACGAUAUCCUGUCGAACUCCAAACUGCCAAUGCUCCAAUUUGAGCGAAACGUGAGCUUCACGGCUACUGACCUUGCUGGGAUGUCGAUCGACAGGCCGCAUAUAAUCAGAGCGGCUUUGGAGACAGUGUUCUCCCUGCUUGAAGAAGGCAAACUAGGCCUUGUUCAUCCUCUGCAGGUCCGAGGUAUUGCAGAUAUUGAACAGGCUUUCAGGCAGAUGCAGACUGGAAAGAACUCGGGCAAGACUGUGUUGGAGAUGAGGGACACGGACGAAGUGAUGACUGUUCUUGACACGAAGCCUACAUACACAUUCAAGCCAGAUGCCACAUACGUUGUUGCGGGUGGCCUGGGCGGCCUUGGUCGAAGCAUUUCUCGUUGGCUUGUUGAGCGGGGAGCACGCAAUUUGAUACUGCUCUCGCGCUCUGGCCCGGCAAGCCUGCAUGCCAGGAGCUUGGUUGAAGAGCUACACGCGCGAGGCGUACGAGUCAUUACUCCUGCAUGUGAUAUCACGAACAGAGAACUACUUAAGACAGUCCUCGAGGUCUGCAGCCAGCUGAUGCCUCCCAUUAAGGGCUGUGUGCAGGCAUCAAUGGUCAUUCGCGCCCAUAACUUCGAAAGCUUACUCUACCAAUCCUGGAAAGAAACCACAACCCCCAAGGUCCAGGGAUCAUGGAACCUCCACGAGCUCCUUCCACGAGGCAUGGACUUUUUCGUUCUCAUGUCCUCCGUCUCGGGCAUCAUGGGAGUAGUUAGUGACUCUGGCUACGCCGCAGGCAACACGUUCGAGGAUGGACUAGCGAGAUACCGCGUCGGAAUCGGCGAAAAGGCGGUCUCACUCGACCUAGGACUCUUCCUAACAGCAGGAUACCUAAAAGAGAACCCCGAGAGUCGAGAGCUAUUCCUCUCUAAGACGGUCCUUGACGAAAUACAAGAAUCCCAUCUACACGCCCUACUAGACACGUACUGCGACCCCACUCACGGCCCGAUCUCCAUGCAGGAAAGCCAAGUGGUCGUGGGCAUCACCCCCAGCAGACAGAAACUGAAAACGCACAAGGCUGAAUGGCUAGACCGCCCACUCUUCCGACAUUUAUCACUGACCGACGGCAGCACAGAGAGCGGGAACUCCGAAGAUUCCUCCAACCUGGCAGCCCUGUUUGCGGGGGCGUCAUCAACAGAGGAGGCCACGGCGAUCGCCAUGCGCGCAGCACGGGAGAAGCUCUCCAUCAUGAUGGCGACGCCAGUGGACGAGAUCGACACGGACAAGCCCAUUCACCAAUACGGAGUGGACUCGCUGGCGGGGGUGGAGCUGCGGAAUUGGUUUGCGCGCGAGCUGCGGGCGGACCUGGCCAUGUUUGACAUUCUGGGUGGUGCAAGUCUUGCAUCGGUGGUAACGUUGGCGGUGGGGAAGAGCGAAUACCGACGAUGA